AUGCAGGACUUGUUAUAUACUGAGGUUAAUAAUAUCUUCGAUGCCCUAACUCGUGUGAUUGGUCAGAGUAACCUUGCUAACAGUACCAUUUGUGGGGAACUAUACUUCGACGCGGACACGAAAACAUGCUUAAGAAGAUGUCCAGCAAUUGUAAGUCUUUUACUAUACAUGAGGGGGUAUGAAUAUGGAGCACAGCACUGGACAAAGAGCGACGUGGAAACGAGGUCCGCAGAGGGCUUCAAGAAAUAUUUAAAGUGUAUAUUAGCGAAAGAAGCUAUAAUGGAGCUGUAUGGUCGAAGUGAGGAACAUCUGCAAAUUAUUCAGGAAAUUUCGGACACAUUAAGAAAUGGAGGUACAGUGUGGACACAGAAAUAUGCGGACGGGAUAUGUGAAGGGCAGGAUUAUGGGAAAUACAUAUUCGGAUCAGGAAUUAUGAGACAAAGCAUAAGGAACCGCUUGAAGGAGUUAGGGAAGCAUUGGGUACGAGGAGGAAGAAGUCCAGACAGAACAUCGGGCAAAUGUACGUGGCCGCACGCAGUGCAGAUGGAGGAAGAGCAGCAGAAUACUAAGAGUUGUAAAGACAGGGCCAAGGAAGGAAAGCAGGAUGAGCAGGAAAUAAUGGAAUUAAUGGAUGUCGACAAAACGCAGUUGACAACGUAUCUUAAGACACACACCGGCACGAGACUCUCGCCCGCCGCGGACACGCCCAGGAACAGGACCAGGAAGAACACCAAGACCAGCAUCGGAAGAGCCACACCGCCCGCAUCCGGAGCCACCGAAUGCGAAGAGCGGCGCCGACGGACCCGGUGCAAAGGCCGCCAAACCAGUAGCGGCGAAACGGGGAAGACGUCAUCAUCUGGUGGUGGUCCUAGUGGUGGUGCUAAUACUGCCGCAGGAGGGAAGGAGAAGGCACCGAAGGAGAUCGAACCAGAGCAAUGUCUAGGAGAAAAAGUAUGGGAAUGGAGGCCUCGGGAAAUAUACGUGGUGCAGGGUUAUAGUGCUGAUCAAUGGAAAAACGUACAGAAGGUGUUGACAGACUUUAUUGAACACUUGAGUGAAAAUAAUGAACACUUUGACGCGUACGGUGCCAACUGUGAUAAUAUAUCUUGGGAAGAUAUGAGGAAGGGAGAAUACCAUAGAGGUCAGAGGGUAUCGGAUAUGAUGAGAUGCAGAAUCAUGUCAGGGGCCUUAUGGUUUGCGAAUGAAGCACGGAACCGUGGGGAGCAGGAUACAGAGGACGAAAGGCGAAGAUGCGAAGUGGCCCAUGUUUUUGGACACUUACUAAAAACACAAUAUUGUAAGGAUAAGACGCCAUGGCCAAGAGGUGUCGAGUAUGCAUACACAGUCCUGCAAAAAAUGGGGAAAUCCGUAAACGGGCACAACGGAAUGAACGGUCCCGUUAUGAAUAAGAGAUGCACCAUGUGUGGGUAUACGGGCUAUAAGCACAAUGUGCAAGCAGUAGAUUUGAGAAUAGCACAAUGGUUAAUGAAGGAAGGAGGAAUAUUGGGAGAACUAGCAGAAAUGGAGAAGAAAAUGCCCUGUCAGGAGUAUUGGGAAAAAUAUACUCAGGAGCAGGUAAAACCACAGGACACUAUGGACAACAUUUUGACUGCCCAAGGACAGGUGGAAAAGCAGAGACUGGACAAGGAGGUAGUAGAGAAAGUGGAACAGGUGUUUAAUGAAGCGAAGAAGAAGACGGAAGAAUGGACAAGGGUAAAGAACGUACUGGAUGCAUUUGCGGAACAUAUGCAGAGGUACGAGGAUCUCAUGGCGCACGUAGGUGCAAAUUGUAAUAAUGCUUAUUGGGAAGAUUUCACACAAGGGCAACACCAUGCUGGACAGAGAGUAGCAGACAUGAUGAGAUGCAGAAUCAUGUCAGGGGCCUUAUGGUUUGCGAAUGAAGCACGGAACCGUGGGGAGCAGGAUACAGAGGACGAAAGGCGAAGAUGCGACGUGGCCCAUGUUUUUGGACACUUACUAAAAACACAAUAUUGUAAGGAUAAGACGCCAUGGCCAAGAGGUGUCGAGUAUGCAUACAAAGCAAUGAGAAAUAUGGGCAACACGGUAAAUGGAACAGAGGGAUUAAAGGGUCCCGUUGUGGACGGAAAGUGCAACAUAUGUGGGUACGAGCGUAGUCGGACGACACCCGGAAUAAUAAAUGGAGACAUGGCCACAUGGUUACUUGUGCAAUGGAGAGUCAUGGACAAAUUAACCCACAUGGAACGCACAAUGGAUUGCACUAAAGAUUGGGCAGAAUAUCAAUUACAGCCAGGGAAGGCCGGCACAAUUACAGCUAAGGAUGAGGCCCGGAAGAAAAAACUGGACGCCGUAAAGGAGGAGGCACAAGAGACAGCAGAAGACAUAGUUAAAAAGCUGCAGGACGAAGUGAAGGUAGUAUUAGAUGACUUAGGAAAUUGUACGGCACCGCGCGAUAACGAAUGCGUGAAGCAGCUAUUCGAGAAAGAAAUUCAAGCACGGGCAGGUAAGACUACUAUUACGAAUACGUGGCCUCAUAGGCAUAUACAGCCUCACACGAAUACGAAUAUACGGACCGUACCGAUACGGUAUAACAUUAAUACACGGCCCGAACGGUACAGCUACCGCUGGCACGCACAUGGAUGA